AUGUCCUCAGAGCUGAAGCUGGCUGUGCUCUGGGGUCACAUCACUCUCAAAGCCUGGGGCUCCCAGAAGAACCCCCUUCUCUGCCUGCAUGGCUGGCUGGACAAUGCCAACUCUUUCGAUAGGCUCAUCCCUCUUCUCCCGGAAGACUUCCAUUAUGUGGCCAUGGGUUUUGGGGGUCAUGGGCUCUCCUCCCAUUAUAGCCCUGGGUUCCCUUAUCACCACCAAAACUUUGAGAUCAGAAGGGUGGUGGCAGCCUUUAACUUGACUAAGGUCUCCUUCGUGGGCCACAGUUUUGUUCUCUUAUCUGAGCUCAUGGAUAAACUCAUCUUGCUGGAUGUGACACCAUUUAUCCUGGACACUAAUGAGAUGGAGAACAUACCAACCUACCAGCGGAGAACCAGAGAGAACACGCUGCAGGUGGAGGCCUCCCAGAAGCCCCUGAGGGUGUACAGCCUGGAGGAGCUGCUGUGAUGGUUCUUGAAGAACAAUACUCAUGUGGAUAAAGAGUGUGGGGAGCUCCUCCUGCAGAGAGGAACCACAAAAGUGGCCACAGGUCUGGUGUUGAACAGAAACCGGAGGAUUUCCUGGCUGGAGAAUACCUUAGAAUUUGUGAUCAGGGAUAUGUUCGUGAACUUCACCAGAAGCCUGAAGGGUCCCAGCAAAGUGGGGCACUCUGAUGUGAGACAAGAAAAUGAUUCCAAAAAGGAGUCUGUGGUCUUCACGGUGGACACACUGAAAGCCAUCCUCAAGGAGGAAAGUGUGCACAGGAAGCUGUGGCAGGCUGGACCAUCAUCCCCUGCUCUGGACCUCUCCAUAUCCCUGAGGAGCCAGCAGGACUCACUGCCCACCACAGUGCCCUCCUCUAGUGGUUCAUUUGUGGAACUCCCUGGCAAUCACUACAUCCACAUGAGCAAGCCCCACCUUGUGGCCAGCAGCAUCGCCUCCUUCCUACAGAGCAAGCGCAUGACCUUAGUGUCACUGUAGCCUUGGCCUGGGUUCCAGAGACCUUGUGCUCACAUCCCAACCUCCACCAGGCCUCUGGACCCUCAAUGCUCAAAGCAGGUGUGGUGGGGGUGGGCCUUACUGGUCUUCCAGAGGAAGAUGAGCAUCAGAGAAUCCUGUGGAAGAGUUACAUGGGAGAUCUGCCUGCAACACCUGUGAUGGAGGAGGGACAGUGCCUGGGUCUGGAGCUUGUUUUAUGAGAGCAGCGGGCUGAGGCGGCGGCUCUGGACUGGUGUCUGGGCUCAGAGGCAUCUGGAGCCUGUCCCAGCCACCGCUGGUGUGGAAAGAAAAUGCUCUCUUCCUCUAUC